UAGACAUCAUCUCCUUAGACUCUUGGAUUGGGGGCAGAUUUAGGGCGUUGGGAAUGACGGUUCUGUGGAGCUUGGCAUGGGGCGCGGCCACGGUUCUGCUCGUCGUUUGGAUCGUCCGGACGUUGAACUGGGCGUGGCGGGAGCCCCGGCGGCUUGAGCGCGCACUCCGAGCGCAGGGCCUCGACGGUAGCCCCUACCGCUUCCCCUUCGGCGACGUCAAGGAAAACAACCGGCUCCUCCAAGAGGUGCGCGCCAAGCCCAUGCCCUUGCACUCCCACGACAUCAUCCCUCGCCUCCUUCCUGUCUUCCAUCGCCACUAUCGCCAAUACGGUAAAAUAUCAUUUAAUUGGGUUGGACCUAUGCCCCGAGUGAACGUUAUGGACCCCGAUCUGAUCAAAGAGGUGCUUUCUUCCAAGUUUCGUGAAUUCGAAAGGCCGAGCACGAACCCAUUUGGGAAGUAUUUCAUCAAAGGACUUGCUUCCUAUGACGGGGAUAAGUGGUUCAAGCACAGAAAAAUUCUAAACCCUGCUUUCAACUUGGGGAAGUUGAAGGGUAUGUUGCCCGCAUUUUUCGCGUGUGCCAGUGAAAUGGUGAGCAGAUGGGAAAGAAAGCUGGGUUCCGAGGGGUGGUGUGAGAUAGAUGCUUUUCCUGAGUUCCAUAGCCUCACUGUGGAUGCCAUUUCUCGAGCAGCUUUUGGUAGCAGCUAUGAACUGGGAAAACGGAUUCACCAGUUGCAAACAGAGCAGGGUGAACUCCUAGUCCAGGUUUCUCAAAAUCUGUUCAUCCCGGGAUACAGCUUUCUUCCAACUAGAAAGAAGAAUAGAAUAAUAGCAAUCGAUAGAGAGAUCCGUGAAAUUCUGGGAGGCAUAAUAAAGAACAGAGAAGAAGAAAUGAAACUGGGUAAACCACACAAUGGCGACAUGCUGGGAUUGCUGAUGGAAUCCAACAUGAAGUACUAUCAAGAACAAGGGAACAAGAAUGCUGGGAUGACCAAGGAUGAAGUGAUGGAAGAGUGCAAGUUAUUCUACUUCGCAGGGCAGGAGACGACCUCUGUUUUGCUGACAUGGACAAUGGUCAUGCUGAGCAUGUAUCCUAGCUGGCAGGUUCGAGCUAGAGAAGAAGUCCUUCGGGUAUUUGGUGAGAAGACACCAGAUUUUGAUGGAUUGGGCCAACUUAAAAUUGUGACAAUGAUUCUCUAUGAGGUUCUCAGGCUGUACCCCCCUGCUAUAUUCGUGCACAGGUACACGACCAAGGCAACAAAACUCGGAGAUAUAACGUGCCCACCAGGCGUAAUUAUCGCACUGUUAUUCAUCUUCGCUCAGCACGACCCAUACAUAUGGGGUGACGACUCCAAAGAGUUCAACCCGGAUCGAUUCAAAGACGGCAUUUCAAAAGCAUCGAAUGACAAUUAUGCCUUCCUUGCCUUCGGUGGUGGCCCUCGAAUCUGCAUCGGGCAAAACUUUUCGAUGCUGGAAGCCAAGUUGGCACUGUGUAUGGUCCUACAACGCUUCACUUUUGAGCUCUCGCCAUCGUAUGUUCAUGCGCCCAAGACUCUCAUCACUCUGCAACCUCAACAUGGUGCUCAAAUAAAGCUGCGUGGUAUUUCUACGAGUCCCCACGGAUAGUCGAGUUGGUGGUAGAUUGUCACAUUAAGUAAUGCUGCAUAGGCUUUGAAUAUGUCACUUUGUGGAAGAAUAAAAUAAGAAUAUUUUAUCUUGUAGAUACAAGGAAAACAAGAUAACAAAAAUGAGAAAUUAAAGACCUA